GAUUGGUUUGUCAGCAAUCUGUGUUUUGCUUUGGAGUUUUAAAGGACAGACACAUUCUUCCAGCUCCACUAAUCCUCCGAUACAGAGGAUUUUCCUGCCAUUAAAUGAUAGCUUUGGAGGGGAAAAAAUGCCAACUCUUCAGAGAUGGACCAGUAGAACUAAUGGCAGGGUCCAGAGAAGGAUGGAGAAUGAAGCCAUUGCUCUGUUAGGCACAUUUCAGUGGUUCACCACUUGGUCAACCCUUGCUGAAAAGCCUUGUGAAGAAUAGUACAAAACUGAAGCGUGCACUGAAAAGGUCAGUGGCAAAAAUAAAUAAAAGGAAGAAAUCAGUGCGAUGGUUUGAAGCUUAGGGGAAAGAGUCAGUUUAGAAAAACCUCUCCCUAUGGAUUUCACUCUUCCUUUCUAGACACAGACACUAUAAUGGGAUGAUGAUAUGUGUAAAUGACAAUGGACUGAAACUGUCUCGGCUCCUUCCAUCUACUUUUAGAUCACAGAAGUUUACUUGCCAGACCUGAAAUGCCACAAGUGAAUAAUCAAGGUGAUGUUUGUCAUCAUUUUAAAUGUCAUUCUAUGUAUCCCCCACAUCCAUGCUGUGUGGGCCUGUGUACGUUCCUGCCCUGCCAACUGCGUGUGCACGCAGGAGCGGAGCUGUUCCAUCCUGUGUGACCGUGCCGGCCUUCUGCAGAUCCCCAGCGACUUCCCCUGUGAAGCCUCUUCUAUCAACCUGGAUAAAAACAGUAUUAAAUUCGUCUCAGAGAGGGCCUUUGGGACCCUGCCUUCCCUCAAAUCUCUCUCACUCCAGCACAACAACAUCUCCUUCAUCACUCCCGGGGCUUUCAAAGGGCUGCCCAGGUUGACUGAGCUUAAAAUGGCUCACAAUGAAUACAUCCGCUACCUGCACACUCGCACUUUCACUGCCCUCAAAAGGCUUGUCAGACUAGACCUAGCUGACUGCAACCUUUUCAACAUCCCAGACAGGAUUUUCAUAGAGCUCCCUGCCCUUCAGGAGCUCUUCUGCUUCCAGAACAAUUUCCGAAGGAUCCCUGGAGCCAUACGAGGCAUGGAGAAUUUGACCCAUGUUUACUUGGAGCGAAACAAGAUAGAAGCUGUAGCCUAUAACUCUCUGCAGGGCCUGACCAGGCUGAAGUAUCUUAACCUCCAAGACAACAGAAUAAAUGUCAUUCAUGACCGAGCCUUUCAAGAUUGUCAGAAAAUGGAGUAUCUCUACCUGAAUGACAACUUACUCAGUGACCUCCCAGAAAACUCCUUUGACGGGCUGAGGCACCUGAAAAUGCUCAAUCUUGGUGGGAACUUUCUCAGGAACGUGUCCAACACCUGGUUCCGGGACCUGGUUGAACUGGAGGUUCUGUACUUGGACCGAAACAGGGUCAACUACAUUGAAGAAGGGGCAUUUGAAAACCUAACGAGCCUGGUCUCUUUGCAUUUGAACAGUAACAACCUAACUACCCUGCCUUUUUCUGUCUUCCAGCCAGUCUAUUUCCUGGGAAGGCUCUAUCUUUUUCGGAACCCCUGGGAGUGUGACUGCAGGCUCGAAUGGCUGAAAGAGUGGAUGGAGAAUUACAGACUUGUCAGGGAUAUUCCUUGUGUCUCCCCCUCCUCAGUAGCCGGUAUUGACUUGGCGGAUGUGCUGUUUGACAGAUCACCUGAAGGUUAUUGUCUUGACCCAGUGGAGUUAAACAUCACGUCCUACAGCCCAACCCCGACUGAAGAGCCUCACUCCACCACAGAGAGCAAGUUCAGCAGCCUUAUCUCCAAGCUCCUGCUCCAGGAGGGCCUUCCCGAGGAGGUGGCAAACAUCACUGAAGCAUUAACCAACACCACCCUGUUGGACAGGCUAGGUGAUGAGGUUUCCUCAGGGGUGGGGGAAUAUGCUAUCUCCUGCUCUUUCCACCUCCUGGCACUCAUUACAGCUCGAGCAGUGGUGGUUCUGCAAGGUAAAUAACCCAAGGGCUGCCUCCAGCAUGUUGCUGUGUAAGAAUUGAGUUUCUGUAGAAUGUAGUCAUUAGAGAGGAGCUGAUGCUGCAGAGUUCAGAUGUUGAUCUGGCUCCGAAUUUCCCGGCAAUACAGGGGGUGUUUGGGUCCGGGAGUUUGGAUUGGGCCCAUCUUUGGAAGGAACUAAUCGCCCGGAGGCCGGGAUUUUAUCUUUUUUUGGGUUUGUGAAACCCCUACAUUGACAGAGCAUUAUGAGACAGCAGCAAUAAUAAGGAGUUUGAGCAAACAAUUGUCUCUGGGACAGCAGCUUUCCUCUGCUAGACGUGAACUGAAAGGGUUCCUUACUGAAGACAGCGCUGCAGCAUUUAUUCAUUUAGGGCCAAUCCUGAUUCUCUGGAAGUCUCUGGAAAAACUCCCAUUGAUUUUCAUGGGCGCAGGGAUUGGGCUCUAAAAUAUGAGCCUCACCCACAGAGCCUGAGACACAAUGAACCUGCGCUUCUGCUCAUGAUAUUUUAUGCUGAUAUAAUUCCAUUUACUUCAGUGGAGUUACUUCUGAUUUACACCAAGGCGGGAGGAGAAUCAGAUCUAUUCUAUUCAACAUGCACACCUGCUGCACUAUGCAGUGUGCACAAUGCCAAGAGGAGGCGGGAAAAGUGAGCAGGUCGGUAGCCCUGUGCUAAGGUCUGUGGCGUAACAGUUACAUUGGAAAUUGCAUUUAGGAAGAGCAAGCCAUUUUGACUGUGCCUAAAUUUUUCUCAUUCUCCCACCGCUGCUCUAACAGAGUGUUUCUCAAUGACCGGUGCCAGUCCCUGCGAUCACCCUGACAUAGUUUAGGAAGGCAGCAAGCCGGUUCCUGGUAUCAAAAAGGGUUGAGAAACCCGUCUAGCAUCCGUACAGCUUCAGUGGUGCUAGGAAGAGUGAGCGCGCUCAUGUAGAGAGGGCAGCAAUGCUUUUACUUAUCUAACCCUCCUCAGAGCAGAUUUAGAUGACACAGUGGCAAACCCACCAGUGGCCUGUCUAUAUUAGCCCUCCUACCUAGUACCAGUGGAGCUGUGCUGGUGAUAGACCAACAGUGGGGCACCUCAAGAAAUAUGGGUUUAGAGCAGGCUUCCCUGACCUGGUAAUUUCUUUGGGGCCUGUAUGUGGGUAUACAAACACAAACCAACCCCCCCGCCCCACUUGCUGGGGAGGAAAAAACUGAAAGGAAAAUAGACAAGAGACUUUGAGGAAUAAAUGGCUGAAUGAUGGUGGCUAAUUCACCACACAAAGGCUAAUUUUAGCAGUUUCUCUGUGCUUGAAUCUGUGACUGGCUAUUGCCGGGAAGAACUGGGGAAACAAAGUUUUAAAAAGGGCUUAAAAAUAUGACUGAUUUGGCAUGUAAGUAACACAGGCCAACCACAGUAGCUUCUACUUGGCCAUUAUUUAACAUGGCAGUUGUUGUUAGUGGUUGUGUCCUCAAGGAAUGUGACCAGUCACCAUUCCGAGUUAAACAAUUCCACUCCUUGUUUCUGCCGAGCCCCUCACAACAGAAAGGGGGCAGCAGUGGAUGUGGUUUAAUUAGGCCACAAUUUUAUUCACUUAAAAUAUCUGGCAGUAAAUUGUAUAGUGCAGGUCACCAUCCUUUCCUUAAUCAUUUCAAAAUAAUCUCCCACCCUGUCCCAGCUAUCUCAGUGCUGCAUCUCCUUGUACAAGGUAAAAGAGGACUCAGCAAAAUGGGGUUGGUUCCCUGCUGUUCCAGAUACAGGAGCCCAGUUCUGUCCUUCCUCAGCUCCCUUAAAGAGAGCUAGAGAAAAGAAGGGGUGGUGGUGGUGGUCAGCUCUCUGCUGUACCAGACAUAGGAGCUCCAACCCCCCAACCCCUUCCUCAGAAUCCUUAAGGGGUGCUUGUUUUCUUUCCGAUCUUUUUUCAUUCUGUUUUAGCGGGUGACUGUACUCUUCCAUAACGCGUAUGUGCACUGGACACCUGACAAGUUUUACCUAUUCAAGGGCAAUAUUAUGACAACCCCCCUACCCCAUUGUACUGGGUCCCAGACCUGCGGUGGGAAAGGUGAAAAAAAACACCCUGCCUUGGCCACUCUGGCAGUGAGGGAAAGAUUCCUGCCCAGCCCCCAGUGAAAAAAGGGGACUAAUAUUAUGCCCCACAACAGGUCAUGAGGAAACCCAGUCCUUUGCAAGUUUCAUGGGAGGGGAGAUGGGAGAAAUCAUGGCCAUUUAGCUCAUGCAAAAUGACUGUUCAGCUCAUGAACUUGCAGGCCAGUUGGUUUCUAAAAGCAGAAGGAACCUCUUCCUCAGCAAAGUGUACCAGCCAAAACAGGGGUCUCUCGUGGCUUAAUCAUAAACUCUAUUGGGUUCUGGUAUUAUUUACCCCACCUUUUCAAAGAAAAACAACUGCACAACAAUUAACAGCCAGCAAUUUCUGGUGCAGUGGUAAAUAUUCCCAAAUUAAAUCAUGUUAGUGGAGGUAAACUCCUGAUCUGUCUGUAGUUGUAUUAAAUUUUUUCCCAGUGAGCAUGCCAGAUGGUUUCAUAAAUGCCUGUUUGACCCGUUUGGUGCAUUAAAUUCAAUGACUUUGGCUUUCCAGGCUAUUUAUGAAUGCAUUAAUCUUCUUAAAUGCUAAAUUCAUCUGUGGAUUAUAAAUGGUUGUUUUUCAAAACCGUACCAGCCAAAUGCUGUAGAUUAAGUUGAAGAUUUCUUUAGGGGAGCAUUAUUUCACCAAGUCACUGAAGGUUUAUCAAUAGAAAUUUGACAAGUUGCUAGUGCACUGGGCACAGUGGUUAUUUUUCAUUUCCUACAGAUAGAUAUUUGUUGUAUGAACUGAAUAUUUUUAUUUUCUGCUCCAAGAUACACAAAAACUGAAGGGCAUUUUAUUGUGCAAUUGUAACAGGGAAGCAAAAUGUGGAUUUCAAGUUAACUCUUGCUUCAAAGGUCUUUCUUUUUAAUUCCGAAGAGGCCAGUUCAGCUCUGAAAUUGAAUCAACUCAAAGUUUAUGAUUCAGCUGUGACAUCUGAGAGACAGUAAUGCGGGAUGAGGAACAAGCCACCACACAUGACAUUUUACUGCUUGAUAACAUCUAGAAAUUCAGAGUGCUGGGGCAGUGGUCUUAGAUCCUUACAGAUUAAAUGUCUUAUGUAGCCAAAUAGUCUUACCAUUCCCAGAAAGCUUUUUUCUGCAAUAUUAUAAUAAAUCUGUGGCUGCCUGGGAACUUUACAGCUGUCAAUACUGCAUAGCCACUCAACUUCACUGCACCACAGGGGCCAGAGCUCACCUUCUCCUGAUUGAAAAGCCUACCUGAGGUAAGAGGCAAUUGGCACGUUAUUACCAACAUAGAGCAUAUGACACACAGUUGAGCAGUUCUAAUUCUAUUGAGAAGAGGCCAUGCUAUGUGUAUGUACACAGGCAAAUUCAUUAACAUGAAACAGUUUGAUUCACAUUGUUAAUACACUUCCUUAAUUCUGGCUGAGUGACUCCUCCCCAGCAAAGAAGUCUGGAAAACAAAGGGCUAUGUUUUAUUAACCAAUAGUUGCAACUGAAAGCCUGGAAGGAGAUUUCAGUGCACCGUGGGAAUUUUAAAGCAUGUGUUGGGCUAUACAUGACCUGUCUAUUUGUUUACCUUUCACCAAACUUCUUUCUAAGGCCCUAGGAUCUUAAAUACAGAGUAUUACACUGAGGCAUCUAGUAACAGUAAAACUGUUUUUCAAAUGAUAACUUCUGUUGAGUAGGAGGCAAAUUAAAAAUAGAAUCUUGUCUUUGGUUUGACUAGUUUGACUGUGUUCUAGGGAUGGGCUCAAGCUGCAAAAUUUGGCUCUAGGUGCAUAGGUGCUGCUGCACUCAGUGGCUUGAAGUGGUUUCCAUCAUAAACAGGGUUUGCAGUUCAGUUCAAUGGCUCU